CCAUUGUGAUGCAGCGGGAUGGGUGGAGCCAUCAAGUCUCAAUUUAGAUCCCUCUGCUUUUAGGCGCGCCCAUUUCAGAUUGCUAAACCCUGGUGUGAAGCGGGACAGGCCAGGGCAGGAGGUGGCCAGCCACACCCCGCAGGGCGCGCACUUGGCGGGCUGCAGACCCCACGGCAGACGCCGAGAUGCGCAGUCGGAGGCUCCUGAGCGCUGCCCACCUUCUCUGCGUGUGCGCGGUCGCGCUGGCCGACCCCGGGUCCCGCUUUCUGGUGACAGCCCCAGGGAUCAUCAGACCCGGAGCAAAUAUGACUAUUGGGGUGGAGCUCCUGCAAAAUAGCCCCCCACAGGUCCUUGUAAAGGCUCAGGUGAUCAAGAUAUCUUCCAACAAGUUGAAGGCCGUGCUGGAAGCAGAAGGAAUCUUCGCAAGAGGCCAUUUCGGAACUCUUACUCUUCCGGCACUACCUCUGCACAGUUCAAAUAAGAUUUAUGAACUACACAUAAUGGGAAAAACGGAGGAAAAGAUCUUAUUCUCCAACAGGACACGUUUAACAUUUGAGAGCAAGAGGAUGUCUGUCCUCAUCCAAACAGACAAGGCCUUUUACAAGCCAAAACAGGAAGUGAAGUUUCGAGUGCUCACACUCUUCUCAGAUCUCAAGCCUUAUAAGACGUUGGUGGACAUUUUCAUUAAGGAUCCGAGGUCUAAUGUGAUCCAACAGUGGUUUUCUGAGGAAGGCGAUCUUGGAGUCGUUUCCAAAACUUUUCAACUGUCCUCUCAUCCAAUACUUGGUGACUGGUCCAUUCAGGUUCAAGUGAAUGAUCAGCAAUAUUACCAGUCCUUUCAGGUUUUAGAAUAUGUGUUACCGAAGUUUGAAGUUACUCUGCAGACACCGCUUUAUUGUUCUUUGAAGUCUAAGCAUUUGAGUGGCAGCGUCACAGCUAAGUAUACAUAUGGGAAGCCAGUGAAGGGGAGUCUGUCACUUACAUUUUUACCUUUAUCUUUUUGGGGAAAGAAGAAGAAUAUCACAAAAACAAUUGAGAUAAAUGGAUUCGCAAACUUCUCUUUUGAUACUGAGGAGAUGAAAAAGAUAAUGAAUUUGAAGAAGGUAACAGAUCUCUUGGAAGACAGUUAUGAGCAUGUGGACCCAUCCUUCCCUGGGCCCGCAGAGAUUGUAGCUACUGUGACGGAAUCACUCACAGGUAUCUCAAGAAAGGCAAGUACCAAUGUGUUUUUCAAGCAACAUGAUUACAUCAUUGAGAUUUUUGAUUAUACGACUGUCUUGAAGCCAUCUCUCAACUUCACAGCUACUGCUUCUUUUCUUGAUAGUGCAAGUUCUGUGGAAGUCCACAGCAUGUUCACCUCUCCUAGUAAGACAUACAUCCAGCUUAAAACCAACGAUGACAAUAUAAUGGUGGGAUCACCUUUUGAUUUGAUGGUUAGUGGCAACAAGGAAUUCAAGGAAUUAAGCUAUAUGGUAAUAUCAAAGGGACAGUUGGUGGCCGUAGGCAAACAAAGUUCAAGAACUUUCUCUUUAACACCAGAAGAUUCCUGGGCUCCAAAGGCCUGUAUAAUUGCGUACUAUAUUGCAGGGGAUGGGGAAAUUAUAAAUGAUAUUCUAAAAAUCCCCGUUCAGCUUGUUUUUAAAAAUAAGGUAAAGCUGUUUUGGAGUAAACCUAGAGUCAAGCCAUCUGAAAAGGUCUCUCUCAGGAUCUCUGUGACACAGUCGGACUCCCUGGUGGGGAUUGUAGCUGUUGACAAAAGUGUGAAAUUGAUGGAAAACUCCAACGAUAUCACAAUGGAAAACAUGGUCCAUGAACUGGAACUUUAUAACACAGAAUAUUAUCUAGGCAUGUUUAUGAACUCCUUCGCCGUAUUUCAGGAAUGUGGUCUCUGGGUGUUUACCGAUGCAAACCUUGUAAGAGAUAACAUUGAUGAAGUUUACGAUACUGAAGACUAUGCCGAGCGCUUUGCGGAGGAAAAUGAGGCAAACCUGGUUGAUUUUGAAGACGAUUCUUCAUUUAGCAAUUUACAUGUCAGAAAGCAUUUUCCAGAAUCAUGGAUUUGGCUAGACUCCUACAUGGGAUCUAAGGUUUACGAAGACUUUGAAGUUACUGUACCUGAUUCCAUCACUUCUUGGGUGGCUUCUGCUUUUGUCAUCUCAGAAGAUCUGGGUUUUGGGCUAACAACAGUUCCAGCAGAGCUGCAAGCCUUCCAGCCAUUUUUCAUUUCCCUGAAUCUUCCCUACUCUGUUAUCAGAGGUGAAGAGUUUGCUUUGGAAGUAUCCAUAGUCAAUUAUUUGAAAGAUACCACUAAGGUUGUGGUACUCAUUGAGGAAAGUGACAGCUUUGUUAUUUUAAUGUCUUCAAAUGACAUCAAUAACACCAUAUACCGGAAGACUGCUCUAGUUCCCAGUGACAGUGGGGUCACUCUUGUUUUCCCCAUCAAACCUACGCACUUGGGAGAGAUCCCCAUCACAGUGACGGCUGCCUCACCCACUGCCUCUGAUGCUGUCACCGGGAAGGUUGUAGUAAAGCCUGAAGGGAUAAAAAAGUCGUAUUCACAGUCUGUCUUCCUGGAUCUGACCGACAACAACGUACAAACUAACCAGGAAUCUUUGAGUUUCUCAUUUCCUCCUAAUACGGUCGGAGGCAGUGAAAGAGUUCAGAUCACAGCAAUCGGAGAUAUUCUUGGUUCUUCCAUCAAUGGCUUAGCCUCACUGAUACGGAUGCCUUAUGGAUGUGGUGAACAGAACAUGAUACAUUUUGCUCCAAAUAUUUACAUUUUGGAUUAUCUGACUAAACAGAAACAGCUGACAGUUAAUUUAAAAGAAAAGGCCCUUUCAUAUAUGAGGCAAGGUUACCAAAGGGAGCUUCUCUAUCAGAGGGAAGAUGGCUCCUUCAGUGCUUUCGGGGACAGUGACUCUUCUGGGAGCACUUGGCUGUCAGCAUUUGUUUUAAAAUGUUUUCUGGAAGCUGAUUACUAUAUAGAUAUUGAUCAGGAUGUGUUACAUAGAACAUAUACUUGGCUCAAAGCACAUGAGAAAUCCAAUGGUGAAUAUUGGGAGCCAGGAAGAGUGAUUCACAGUGAACUUCAAGGUGGCAACAAGAGCCCAGUAACACUUACAGCCUAUAUUGUGACUUCUGUCCUGGGAUACAAAAAGUAUCAGCCUAAUAUCAAUGUACAAGACUCUAUCAAGUUUUUGGAAUCUGAAUUCAGCAGAGGAAUUUCGGACAAUUAUACCUUAGCACUUGUAACCUAUGCCCUGUCUACAGUGGGAAGUCCUAAAGCAGAGGAGGCUUUGACCAUGCUGACUCAGCAAUCAGAAAAGGAAGGAGACACACAGUUCUGGUUGUCAUCAGGACCCACGCUCUUUGGGUCUUGGCAGGCACGCUCCGUGGACAUUGAAAUUGCCGCUUAUGCACUGCUCGCGCACACGCUGCACCGUGUUUCUGAGGGAAUCCCAAUUAUGAGGUGGCUCAUCAGGCAAAGAAAUAGUCUGGGAGGUUUCGUAUCCACUCAGGAUACUGUUGUGGCCUUGAAGGCACUAUCUGAAUUUUCAGCCCUUGUGUACAAGGAAAAUACAGAUAUCCAUCUGACCGUCACAGGGCCCAGCGUACCGAGACCCAUACACUUCGGGAUUGACUCACAGAAUCUCUUUCUCCUUCACCAGGAAGAGCUUGCUGCAUUAGAUCCCAUUACAGUUAAUGUUUCUGCACAAGGUUUGGGAUUUGCUAUUUGCCAGCUAAAUGUUGAUUAUAAUGUGAAAGGUUCGGUAUCUUCUAAAAAUCGGAGAUCUACCGAAAAUCAGGAAGUUUUUGAUUUGGAUGUCUAUGUGAAUGAUGAGGAUGACAUCAGUCACCUGAAUCUGAAUGUGUGCACAAGUCAUUUGGGUUCAGAGAGGACCGGCAUGGUCCUUAUGGAGGUGAACCUUCUCAGUGGCUUUACUGCAUCUUCAGAUUCAAUUCCUUUGAGUGAGACACUGAAGAAAGUGGAAUAUGAUCAUGGGAAACUCAACCUUUAUUUAGAUUCUGUAAAUGAAACCCAGUUUUGUGUUAAUAUUCCCACUGUGAGAGACUUCAAAGUUUCAAAUAUUCGAGAUGGUUCAGUAUCUAUAGUGGAUUACUAUGAACCAAGGAGGCAGGCAGUGAGAAGCUACAACUCCAAGGUGAAGCUGUCCUCAUGUUACCUCAGUGCAGAGACCAACUGCAACCCAUAUACGGACGGAACCACGGACACCCUUCGACGUUCUUCAAGCCUUCUCAUCUUUUGUUCCAUCCUUCUGUAUUUUGUGCCACAUUGAUUAUGAUUUAUUUUUCAAGGACUCCUUCUAAAACUAGCAUUUCCAGAAAGUCAAGUGUGAUUGUUUUCUUUCUACAACUGAUGAUUGCCUCUGAUGGUUUUGAAAAUCCAUUGUUUCCCUUUCUUGUGGGGGGCUGGGGAAUGUCUGUAACAGGCUGGAGCUUGUGCGAGCACGUAAAACAAUUCAGCCCAUUUUUGUGUGGAAGAUGACCAGGAUGACAACACUAUGUCUCUUUAUUUCUCUGAGAAAGUUUAUUAGAUGCAUUUGUUUUCUCUAGAAUAAAAAUGUUAUUUUCCAUUA